GAGGAGGAAGAUGCCCUGUCUCUCUCCUCCUCCCCCUCAGUCCUGUUUAUAGACAACCUAGAGGAGGUGUCUGCUGCUGAGACACCAAGUCCUCCCGAGAGUCCUCAGCGUGCCUGCCCCUCCCCCCAGGCCAUGGAGGCCUUUCCAUGCAGCCAAUCUGAAGAUGAGAGCUCCAGCAUCCAAAAUGAAGAGGGUCCAAACACUGAGGGAGCCCCUGAAGAUGAUGCCGAUUUAUUGCUCCACAAAUCACUGCGUUCGAAGAUGAUGGAAAUGGUGAAGUUCCUGCUCCUGAAGUAUCGUACAAAGGAGCCAACCACAAAGGCAGAAAUACUGAGUAGUGUCAUCAAAGAGCACCAGGACCACUUUCCUGAGCUCUUCAGUGCGGCCGUUGAGUGCAUUGAGUUGGUUUUUGGUGUUGUUGUGAGGGAAGUAGACCCCAGUACCCACACCUAUGUCCUGGUCACUGCCUUGGGGCUAACCUAUGAUGGGAUGGUGAGCGAUGAGCACAGAUUUCCCAACACAAGCCUCCUGGUCACACUUCUGUGUGUGAUCGCCUCAGGGGGUGAUUGUGCCACUGAGGAGAAAAUCUGGGCUGUACUGAAUGAUUUAGGGGUGCAUGAUGGGAAGGUACAUUGGCUCUAUGGGGAGCCCAGGGAGCUCAUCACCAAAGUUUGGGUGCAGGAACAGUACCUGGUGUACCGCCAGGUGCCCAAUAGUGAUCCUGCACGCUAUGAGUUCCUGUGGGGCCCCAGGGCCCACGCUGAGACCACCACGGUGAAAGCCCUCAAGUUUAUGCACACGGUUAAUAGGGAUUUCCAUCUCCUCCCAUCCCUACCUGAAGAGCCUGAGUGCAAUGAGAAACACUAUGCCUGA